AUGCUUUCAUUGCAUUGUACACUCUGUUACUUGAAGAAACGAGAGAACCACGAGGGUUCAUUCCCCUAUCUGGCAGGAAACAUUCACAAUAUCUUUUUGACACUACCCACCGAACAUUCGGAGAUCCACCUCAACGACUGCUGUGACGGAAAUUGAAUCGAUCUUAGCCAGAUUGCCAGAAAGAGACACUGGUUCUACAUAAAAUUGGAACAAUGUAAAGGAACGCGUAAACCUCUACAUUAGUACAUACAGUUCAAAAUUUAGGUGUUAUG